AUGUCGUCUGUUUCUACGAUACAUGGUGGUUCCAAUAAAGAUUUAAAUACCAUAGUCAAUUCUUUUAUUGAUAAAUUAAAGAGAAGAGAAAUUGAAGGUUCAUAUUUUAUUGCAUUAGAAACUCUACAAUUCUUAAAAAGAUUUUUAUCAAUAGCUCGUUGGAAUAAUAUUAAUGAAUUAAUCACAAUAAUUAGACAAUUGGGUAAUAAGAUUGAAAAAGCUCAACCAACUGCUUUUGCAUGUGGUAAUGUAAUUAGAAGAAUUUUAGCAUCUCUUCGAGAUGAAAUUGAAGAAGAAAUAAGAGAUGAGAUUUCAACAACUUCUAAUGUUUCAAAUAGUACUGUUGCUGAACCAAUGAUUUCUUCUAUGUUCAACUUAUUACAAAAGCCAGAAGAAUCUAAAAAUAUAUUGAAUAAAUUAAAUAAUACAAAAAGUAAAACUGAUUUCCGUCAAAUUGCUAUUCAAUCGAUUAAAGAUCUAAUUGACGAAAUUACAAACAUCAAUGAUGGUAUUCAUCAAAUUGCUAUUGAUUUAAUUCAUGAUCAUGAAAUUCUUUUAACUCCGACUCCAGAAUCAAAAACUGUUUUGAAAUUUUUAAUUAAAGCUCGUGAACGUAAUAAUAGAAAGUUCAGCGUUUUAGUUACAGAAGGUUAUCCAAAUAAUACAUCCAAGGCUCAUGAAUUUGCUAAGAAAUUAGCUUCUUACAACAUUGACACUACAAUUAUACCAGACUCUGCUGUAUUUGCCUUGAUGUCAAGAGUAGGUAAAGUUAUUAUUGGUACUAAAGGUGUAUUCAUUAAUGGUGGUGCUAUUUUAUCAAGUAGUGGCGUAUCAUCCGUUUGUGAGUGUGCUCAUGAAUUUAAAACUCCGGUGUUUGCUGUCAGUGGUCUAUAUAAAUUGUCACCAUUGUAUCCAUACGAUGUCAACAAAUUAAUGGAAUAUGGUGGCAGUGAUAAGAUUAUGAGUAAGAUGGAUCCUUCGAAUAGAUUAGACACUAUUAAUCCUAUUAGUGAUUAUGUACCACCUGAAAAUAUUGAUAUAUUUAUUACAAAUAUCGGUGGGUUUGCACCAAGUUUUAUUUAUAGAGUUGCAUGGGAUAAUUAUAAACAGAUCGAUGUUAAUUUGGAAGAUAAAGAGUAA